AUGUAUCAAAACUUUCGAGUUGUUCUUGAACUAACUGGCAAACGUUUGCAACGCAGACGAGCUAUAGAAAACAAUCGCCACCGUCAAACAAUAAACGAGCCUCCAACAACAUCUAUGCCUCAGGUUGAAGAAGAAUCUAUUGAUGACACAGAGUUAAUACAUGAGCAAUCAAUCAAUGCAGAUGAAAUUAUUGAUUUGAAUACCAAUUUCAAUAUUUCUCAAACUGAAUAUAGUCCAACAGAGCUUCACACAGAUUUAAGCGCACAUUGUAAUUCGUCAAUUUCCACUGACGAUGAAUUAUUAAUAUUCGAUGAUAUACUUCAAUCAAAUGGCAGUAACAAUGUUCAACCUCUCCAUUGUCAUACAAACAUAUCAACAACCAAAUGUUGUCGGCAAUUAGCAAAAAUUUUUCUUGAUUCUAAUACUAGUAAUGUUCACCCUUCUCGCGUUAAUAAAUUGUUCAAUCCUGUCCUUCACUAA